AUGGCCCUCAGCUUCAGAGCCACCCGCCACGCCUCCAGAUUGGUUCAGGCCUCCCGCCCGGUCUUCUCGGCCUCCCGGCACUAUGCGACCGCCGAACCCGACCUGAAGACUGCCCUUAAGGAGGUGAUUCCGGCCAAGCGUGAACUCCUCCAGAAAGUCAAGGCUCAAGGUGACGAAGUCAUUGGUGAUGUCAAGGUCGGCAAUGUCAUUGGUGGCAUGCGUGGCCUGAAGGCCAUGCUGUGGGAGGGCUCAGUCCUGGAUGCCGACGAGGGGAUCCGUUUCCACGGCAAGACAAUCAAAGACUGCCAGAAGGAGCUACCCAAGGGUACUUCUGGUACAGAGAUGCUGCCCGAGGCCAUGUUCUGGCUGCUUUUGACUGGCCAGGUCCCUUCCACCGCUCAGGUGCGCGCCUUCUCGCGCGAGCUGGCCGAGAAGUCUUAUCUGCCCCAGCACAUUCUCGACCUGAUCAAGUCCUUCCCCAAGAACAUGCACCCCAUGACCCAGCUAUCCAUUGCUGUGGCGGCGCUGAACACAGAGUCCAAGUUCGCUCAUGCCUAUGAGAAGGGCCUGAACAAGGCGGAGUAUUGGGAGCCAACCUUCGACGACUGUAUUUCCCUACUUGCUAAGAUCCCCCGUGUCGCGGCACUGGUAUUCCGUUCCAACGAGAUCGAUGUUGUCGGGAACCAGAAACUUGACGUGACUCAGGAUUGGUCCUACAACUUUGCGGAGCUUCUUGGCAAGGGCGGCGAGAAGAACCAAGAUUUCCACGAUCUGCUGCGCCUGUAUCUAGCUCUGCAUGGUGACCACGAGGGUGGCAAUGUCUCCGCCCACGCAACUCACCUGGUUGGCAGUGCGCUGAGUGAUCCCUUCCUGAGCUACAGUGCUGGUUUGCUGGGUCUGGCUGGCCCGCUGCACGGUCUGGCCGCCCAGGAAGUGCUCCGCUGGAUUCUGGCUAUGCAGGAUAAGAUUGGCACCAAGUUUACUGACGAGGAUGUCCGCAACUACCUCUGGUCGACCCUGAAGUCGGGCCGUGUCGUUCCUGGCUACGGUCACGGCGUCUUGCGCAAGCCCGAUCCCCGGUUCGAGGCGCUGAUGGACUUCGCGGCUACCCGCCCGGACGUGCUCGCAAACCCCGUCUUCCAGCUGGUCAAGAAGAACUCGGAGAUUGCCCCUGGUGUCUUGACCGAGCACGGAAAGACCAAGAACCCUCACCCCAAUGUGGAUGCUGCUUCUGGUGUACUCUUUUACCACUAUGGCUUCCAGCAGCCCCUGUACUAUACUGUGACCUUCGGUGUCAGCCGUGCUCUCGGACCCCUCGUCCAGCUCAUCUGGGACCGCGCCCUGGGCAUGCCUAUUGAGCGCCCCAAGAGUAUCAACCUGCUGGGCCUGCUGAAAAAAUAG